UAAGAGUUUGAGGAGUUUUAAGUUAGCGAAUCCUUGUCAUGGCACUCAUUAGUAGCAGAACCUGGCCUAGAACUCAUGUCUUAUGGUCCCUGGUUCACUUUCCUUUCCAGAACGUUAAUCACAUGGGAAAAGAAAUGGCUACCCCUUUCCACAGCUUCCUACGAUUCUCAUUACAAGAAAAAACAUAUUCUGGAGAGCUGGGGGAGGGGAAGGCACAGGAAGGAGGGAGGAGGAAGAGGAAAUAGAGCUUAUUAAGGGAGCAAGAUAAAAAUUUAUGCUACUAAUAAUAUCUAUAUAUUUAAGGUUUGCAUAGCACUUUGCGUGUUAUCUCAUUUGUUAAGGAUGAAGAGGAGAGAAAAGCAGCAUUAUAGUAGCAUUUACAGCCAUGCGUGUAAGGAGUUGCGGACAGAGGGAGAAGUCCCCCCAUACACAGUCCUAUCUCUCAUCAGCUCUAGCUCCUGCCUCACUGGGUCUGAAGGACUCUCCCUGGGGUCCUGGCUAUGGUCCCUUCCAUCCCUCCUCCUCGUCCCUCCAUUCCUUCCUGGGGCCCAUUGGCUGUCUGUUGUGCACCCUGCCAAAGGGGAGGGAUCCAUAGCAGAAGAGGCGGUGAGUGGCAAGACACAGAGACCCACAGAUCCUGUGGGUCGCAGGUAGAGAUGGAACAAGAGGUAGAAAGAUCAGUUGACAAGGAGACUGGGGCGAAGAAACAAGAGAGGCAGUUAGUAUAAGGCCAAAGGAGACCUUAGGACAAAAAGGCAGAAGAGGGCAGGAAGGAAAAAGACUGUAGGAGGGAGAGAAACUGAAGGAGGGAGAAAGAAGAGCUACAGAAAGCAAAGAGAGGUAGAGGGGUCUUCAUCCCUGUAGUGCAGGGGAUAAAAGUGGUCCUGGACUCUGGGAAAAAAACACCCGAGCCUGUAAUGUCUUUCCUGACACUUGUACUCCUGGCCUUCGGAUCUGGGCAGGCACAGGAAGGGACAGAGCCUGUCCUGUUGGAAGGAGAGUGCCUUGUGGUAUGUGAACCUGGCCGGGCAACUGCAGGAGGUCCAGGUGGGGCAGCCUUGGGAGAGGCUCCCCCAGGGCGGGUAGCCUUUGCUGCUGUCCGUAGCCACCAUCACGAACCAGCUGGAGAAACUGGCAAUGGUACCAGUGGUGCCAUCUACUUUGACCAGGUCCUGGUGAACGAAGGUAAUGGCUUUGACAAGGCCUCAGGCUCCUUCAUUGCCCCGGUCCGGGGUGUCUACAGUUUCCGGUUCCACGUGGUCAAGGUAUACAACCGCCAGACAGUUCAGGUAAGCCUGAUGCUGAAUACAUGGCCUGUGAUCUCAGCUUUUGCCAAUGACCCUGAUGUGACCCGAGAGGCAGCCACUAGUGCUGUGCUCUUACCCCUGGACCCUGGGGACCGAGUGUCCCUGCGCCUACGCCGAGGGAACUUGCUUGGUGGCUGGAAGUUCUCCAGUUUUUCUGGCUUUCUGAUCUUUCCUCUCUGAGGAAAAGUACCACCCUCUCCUCUUGCUACCCUCCCUACUACCCACCUCUACCCUCCACGGCCCCACAAACUUACCCUGACUUCCUUUACUUCUGUUCACCUUCCUCUUGGAAUGCAGGAAUGUCAAGGGACUUUCUUUGGGGGGAGAGACUUUAAUCAGCCUUGGGUCUCUCAUUUUCAUUCAUUUCAACAUCAGCAGUACUAUCCCUGGAGCUGGGAGUAUGACCAUAUAUUCUACACCCCCAAAUCAUAAUGCAAAUAUAGCUAAUCCUUUAGAUAAGUGCUGUUAAAAAGACACUUUGUUUUCCCAAAAAUUGUCAUCAUACUAAAAAUCCAGGACAUAUAGUUGACAUAUUCAUAUCCUAUUCUUCUGCAUGGGCACCAGUGCCAAACCCUCCAUAAUAAAUAAAUGAGUUGACUGCAUGUGUAAA